UUAGUAAGAAAGAGUGAACAGACACCAGUGAAAAACUUCUAUGCUGCUUGCCCAAGACACUGGAUUGGAUUUGGACAUAAGUGUUUUUAUUUUUCUGAAUCCACAAGUAACUGGACAUUCAGCCAGACCUCCUGCAUGGCACAAGAGGCCCAACUAGCUCGAUUUGACAACCGGGAGGAGCUGGGUUUCCUAAGUAGAUACAAGGGGACUUUUGACUACUGGAUUGGCCUGCACAGAGAGUCACCACAACUCCCUUGGAGAUGGACAGACAACACUGAGUAUAACAGCACAGUUCCCAUCCGGGGAGUGGAAAAUCAUGCCUACCUGAAUAACAACGGGAUCAGCAGUGCCAGGGUCUAUGCAGAUCGAAGAUGGAUCUGUAGCAAACCCAACAGCUAUAUGCUCCAUUGCCAAAAUGCUUUUUCUCCUUUUUUAGCCUUUGCAAAGAGAUGCUUUUAGCCUGUUAUCUACAGUUGCUACUCUUUCCCACAUCUUUCCACAUCACUAUUAAAGGAACGAAGAAUAUUUCUUGACAUCCCAAAUGAAAACCAUCUUGAAGAAGUGUACAUACAGGGGAUAAGAAGAACAUAGAAGAACAUAUGAGUCUAACUUAGAUGUCGGCACUCAGACCUUAAGCGUAAAGUACAAUUAACGUUAGUGAACCCCACUUUCAUUUUGUGCAGAGAAGUCCUUCUUUUGAGUCUAUGAGACCACAAAAAUGAGUUCCCAAAAGUGUGUGUGGUUAUAUAGUGACACAUACCUGUGAUGCCAGCUACUUAAGGGUUGAAACAGGAGAAUCACAGGUUCACAGUAAGAAGUGAAGUAUGGGAAUGCUUUAAUAAUGACAGGGAAGAGAAGAAUCUGUAGCAUCUGAUAAUUUGGCAAAACACAUUAUACAUUCUUUUCAAAAUUUAUGCCAACACCCAGAAUUUAAAAAGUAUUUAAAACUAAAAUUCAUUUUAUAGUCUUUAAAACAUAAGUAACACUGUCAAAAUCUCUCUCUAGGUUUUAAUAUCCUUAUUUCCAGUUUUACAUUUCUAAAUAUAAUUAUAUAAUUAUACUGUUCAAGUAUAAUCCAUUUUAUAAACAAACACCAUUUUAAUUUUACCACUUUAUUGGAUUCAUUUCACAUCAAAUGGUAGUUAAACUCCUUAAGCAUUCAAUACUUCGUUUUGCACUAAUGUGCAUAUUAUUGGGUCCUAAAAACAAAGUAUUUAAAAUCUUUAUAGAGUUAACUACACUGUACUGAUGAGUCCCAAAAAGGAUGAAAUAACAGGCUACAAAGCAUCUCCUGAUCUUUUCAUCUUUUUCUCUCUCUUUUGUUCUAUAACAGCUUGAUUUGCUGGGGAAUUGUGGGGGUAUGAUAUCUAUACUUGGCCUCCUGGUCUUUGAGAAAAAAGGGAUGAGAGGGGCAAGGGGAGAGAAGGGGAGAGGGAGGAUGGAAGUGGGAGAGUGGGACUGGGAGAGUGGGACUGGGAGGAGAGGAGGAGGGGAAGCUGUGAUUGACAUAUAAAGUAAGUAAACAAAACAAAAAAGACUAUGUUUUUAUCUACUUGAUGUGUGUUUAUUGUUUGUAUAAGUGUGUGUGUGUGUGUGUGUGUGUGUGUGUGUAUGCAACCAGAGUUAUAGACUGAUGUGUGUGGCCAUGUGGCUUCUGGAAAUGGAACCUUGGUCUUUUGCAAGAAAAACUCCUAACUACUGAGCCAUCUCUCUAGCCUUUUCUUCCUCUGUUUUCUUUGAUUGGUAUAGCUGAGCAAGCCUUGGAAAAACAGCAUGUAUCCAUUUCCCUGAAAAUUUCAUGACUACCUUGUUUUUAAUAGUGGAGUAGUAUUCAAUUGUGUAAAUGUGCCUCAAUUUCUAUAUCCAUUCCUUUGUUGAGGGGCAUCUGGGUUGUUUCCAGAUUCUGGCUAUUACAAAUAAAGGUGUUAUGAACA